AUGGAGACUGCGCUAGCAAAAACGCCACAGAAAAGGCAAGUUAUCUUUCUUGCUAUAUUGUUGCUUUUGUGGGAGGCUGGCUCUGACGCAAUUAGGUAUUCCAUGCCGGAAGAAACAGAAAGUGGCUCCUUUGUGGCCAACCUGGCUAAAGACCUGGGGCUCAGUGUGGGGGAGUUAGCUACUCGGGGCGCGCGAAUCCAUUACAAAGGAAACAAACAGGUCUUGCAGCUGGAUAUAGAAACCGGGAAUUUGCUGCUAUAUGGAAAACUAGACCGGGAGGUGCUUUGCGGGGCUACAGAUCCCUGUAUAUUAUAUUUCCAGUUAUUACUGGAAAACCCGGUGCAGUUUUUUCAGGCUGAUCUGCAACUUACGGAUAUAAAUGACCAUUCCCCACAGUUCCUAGAAAAGGAAAUGCUCCUAAAAAUCCCAGAGAAUGUUCAGCCAGGGACCGUAUUUCCUUUGAAAAUAGCUCAGGACUUGGACAUAGGUAUCAACACUGUGCAGAACUACACAAUCAGCCCCAACUCCCAUUUUCACGUUGUCACUCGUAAUCGCGGAGAUGGCAGAAAAUACCCAGAGCUCAUGCUGGACAAAGCGCUGGAUCGGGAGGAGCAGUCUGAGCUCAGUUUAACCCUCACGGCGCUGGAUGGUGGGACUCCGCCCAGGUCCGGGACCACUGCAGUCCACAUUGAAGUCGUGGACAUCAAUGAUAAUGCUCCUCAGUUUUUACAGUCGCUCUAUGAGGUACCGGUUCCAGAAAACAGCCCCCUAAACUCCUUAGUUGUUGUUGUCUCUGCCCAAGAUUUAGAUGCAGGAACAAAUGGGAAUAUAGUCUACACUCUAUUCCAAGGCAAUGAAGUUACUCAACCAUUUGUAAUAGAUGAAAUUACAGGAGAAAUUCGUCUGAAAAAGGCAUUGGAUUUCGAGGCAACUCGAUACUAUAAUGUGGAAAUUGCAGGCACAGACGGCGGGGGCCUUUCAGGAAAAUGCACUGUAGCUAUAGAGGUUGUGGAUGUGAAUGACAACGCCCCUGAACUUACCAUGUCGACGCUCACAAGCUCUACCCCAGAAAACUCACCAGAGACUGUAGUGGCUGUUUUCAGUGUUUCUGAUCCAGACUCCGGGGACAACGGUAGGAUGGUUUGCUCCAUCCAGAAGGAUCUCCCCUUUCUCCUGAAACCCACAUUCAAGAAUUUUUACACCCUAGUUACUGAGAGACCACUGGACAGAGAGAGCCAGGCCGAGUACAACAUCACCAUCACC